GUGGAGUCGGUGCUAAAGACAACGGUUGCCGCCCUGGUGGAGCUAAACACCGUCAAGAACCUGGUGGGGUCGGCAAUGGCGGGCGCGGUGGGCGGCAGCAACGCGCACGCGAGCAACAUUGUCACGGCGGUGCUUCUUGCCACAGGGCAGGACCCCGCGCAGAACGUCGAAACUGUGCUAAAGACAACGGUUGCCGCCCUGGUCGAGCUAAACACCGUCAAGAACCUGGUGGGGUCGGCCAUGGCGGGCGCAGUGGGCGGCAGCAACGCGCACGCGAGCAACAUCGUCACAGCGGUGUUUCUUGCAACGGGGCAGGACCCCGCUCAGAACGUGGAGAGCUCGCAGUGCCUCACGCUGCUGGAGGCCGCGAAUGGCGGGGCUGACCUGCACGCGUCUGUGACCCUACCCGCGAUUGAAGUCGGGACCGUCGGGGGAGGAACCUUCCUUGCACCACAGUGGGCAUCGCAGCCGGCGGCGAAUGCGCAGCAGCUGGCACGGGUGGUGGUGGCAGCAGUGCUGGCGGGGGAGCUCUCUCUCUGCUCCGCCCUUUCUUUAAUGACUCAACCAGGGGCGAAUGCGCAGCAGCUGGCACGGGUUGUGGCCGCAGCCUUGCUGGCGGGGGAGCUCUCUCUCUGCUCCGCUCUCUCCUUUAUUGUCUUCCCCGUGCCCCCAUCCCCUGUUUCCUUCCCAUACAGCUGCACUCUGGCGCGCACAGGACACAACCAGGGCUUAACGCGCAGCAGCUGGCGCAGGUGGCCGCGGCAGCAGUGCUGGCGGGGGAGCUCUCGCUCUGCUCCGCACUCCCCCUCCGCCCCUCUUUCCCACUCCCCGUCUUCCCCCCUUCCUCUCUAUCCCCUCAAUGCUAAUCCUGCUGCCUCUCCCUCCCUCCCCCCGUGCCUCCCUCUUCCUCCGCUUCCCUCUCCCACAGGCAGCAGCGCUGGCCCUGCUUGGCGUGAAGGGCGCGUACAAGACAGAGCCAGGGCUGAACGAGCAACAGCUGGCGCGGGUGAUGGCGGCAGCAGUGCCUCAAACCCCUUCUCUUCUCCCCUCCGCUCCCGCUCACUCCCACAGGCAGCAGCGCUGGCCCUGCUGGGAGUAAAGGGCGCUCACAAGACAGAGCCAGGGCUGAAACGCGCAACAGCUGGCGCGGGUGAUGGCGGCAGCAGUGCCUCAAACCCCUUCUCUUCUCCCUUCCGCUCCCGCUCCCUCCCACAGGCAGCAGCGCUGGCCCUGCUAGGAGUGAAGGGCGCGCACAAGACAGAGCCAGGGCUGAACGCGCAGCAGCUGGCUCGGGUGGUGGCGGCAGCAGUGCUGGCGGGGGAGCUCUCGCUCUGCUCCGCCCUCGCCUCUGCUGAGCUGACUGGUGCUGCUACUGCUGGCGGUGCUGCUGCUGGUCCCUCUGCGGGUGCGGCUGUGUUCAGAGCUGCGGCGAGUGAGUCGGACUGCAGUGAGAGUGGGUCUAGUGGGGCAGCAGUGGGUCGCUGGAGGGGCUGUCUGACUGGUGCUGCUACUGCUGGCGGUGCUGCUGCUGGUCUGUCUGCGGGUGCGGCUGUGUUCAGGCCUGUGGCGAGUGAGUUGGACUGCAGUGAGAGUGGGUCUAGUGGGGCAGCAGUGGGUCGCUGGAGGGGCUGUGUAUGGCGGACAAGUGCUGAACUGAGCUGA